ACUCUCUUUUUUAGCCAUUUAAUGGUGAAUUGAUGUUUCCUCUUUUUCUGAGCGAUUUGAGGGUAAACUGAUGUUUCCUUCUUGUUCUCUGCAAGUUGAGGGUAGUUAGUUACUGUGCUUUCUUUCCGCGGCUUGUUAAUUCUCGACUUUUCGCUUUGCGAGGUCGCGGGGCGAAAACACAUAUGGCAAAAAUCAGCCACCAUAUAUUAUUACUUUUUGUAAAUGCAAGGAGUGAUACACUAUUUGUUCAUUGUGAUUUAUUGUCCAUGCUUCAUUAUAUUUGCUUAUCAUGUAUUUCAUGUUUCAAUGUACAUUUUGUAUUUUAAUAUUGACUUGGAAAUAAUCAGAAAUGAUCAAAAACGAUUCUUAAAUUCAGCUGAAUUUUGCUCUUCAAUGAAACAACAUGUUUGCUCAAAGCAGGCGGAAUUUUCUUAUUCUAUCUUGUUAUUUUGGAGUUAUAGAGCAACAUGUACUAGUUAAUCUCGCACUUAACAAGAAUGCUCGUCAGAGUGAUGUACAGGGUGGCCGCUAUGCUGCUUUAGCUGUCGAUGGUGGUUUAUCUCAACACAUGGGGGACAACUCUUGUACACAUACAACAGCUCGUGCUGAUGCAUUCUGGGAGGUGGAUUUAGGCAGAGCGUAUUUCAUUGACCACGUGAUUAUAUAUAAUCGAGCGGACUGUUGCAGUAACCGGUUAAGAGAGGUCGAGUUAUAUAUCGGCUUGAAGACAGAGACAUACAAACAAUAUGGCUUUCAUGAGGGAGUAGUUGGACCCACGUAUACUUUUCAACUAGAAAAUGUAGCGCUUGGACGCUGGGUCCGCAUAACUACAAUUCCAUCUGUUAUAGACUAUUUGACGUUAUGCGAGGUUCAGGUCUUUGGAUAUGUCAAUUUUCAAUAUUUUGACAUCAAGUCGAACUGGUCGGGUAAUGGAAACAAAACAACAGUACAGACUUCCACAGCCAUUCAGUGUGCUUAUAUUUGUUAUAAAACAAAAGAAUGCGAGGAAGCAAAUUUCGACAACUAUAAACAUUUGUGCGACAUGUAAACAUGUGACAUCUAAUCCUGAUAUUUGAAGUGGGUCGAUGUUCAUACAUACAUUUACUUAGUGAGCAUCUAGAACAAAAGCAUAUUUUUUUUUAUUUAAACGUUUCUCUGAUUCACUAAAGAAACCAAACAUUCAAUUAUAUCAUUCUAACAACGAGAGAAAAAAUUUCUUUAGUGAUAUUGACCGUCGAUGUCAAAUUAUUGAAUUUUGGUAAAAUUGUCUUAAUUUUGUAAUUUAUGUACAUAUUUGAUUUACACAUGGGCAAAACAAACAUAUUUUAUAAUUUAGAUGUAACAUUGAAAUUAAUUGACAUUAACAAUCAAGGUCAAAUUAAUAAAACUAUCUUGUUUUCCCAAAAGCUAUGACAUUAGGACCAUAUGCACAGUUUUGGUUGUAAAAAUGAUAUUUGAUAUCAGCUGACCUAGAUUUUGGUGAAUUGACCUACUUUUGUGUCAUUUAAUGUAAAAAUAUGAAAUUUGAACCAUAUGCACAAAUUAAUUAAUUUUAAAUGCUAAAAUGAACUUUGAUAUCAGCUAACCAAGAUAAGAUGAAGAUGUGACCUACUUACUUAUCCUUUGAUGUACAAUUAUGGAACUUAGACCAUGUAAAAGUUUUAGAUUGAUAAAUUUAGAACAUUAUGGUAAUGAUUCAUACUUGGAAAAAAGCAACAAGUUUGACUAGACCCACCUAUUGACAAUUAAAAAACAAGGAAAAACUAUAUUUGUUUCUUUCAUUAAAUUUUCUAGUUUAAGAUUU